UGAAAGACCAGUUGAUCAAAUAUCAACACCCAUUUAGCGGACUUUUUCCCUGUCGUCCUGAAAGUCCCGCUCAUAACUGUGUUGCCCAUGUCCGCGACAAUGUCUACUGUGCUACAGCUAUCUGGGCACUGCACCGGUCAUUCCAGCGUUUCGGAGAUUCAUCAGGUCAGAACUAUGAACUUCGUCAGUCAGCUGUAAAAUGCAUGCGUGCAAUCCUCCUUGGUUGGAUGCGACAGGCCGAUAGAUUAGAAAAUUUCAAGAUGACACAGAACUUGGAAACAUGUCUGCACACUCGUCUUGACUAUGAAACAGGAACCCCCGUCGAAGGCACAGGCUAUAAGCAUCUUCAAAUAGAUUGCGUCGGAUUAUAUCUACUUCAGCUUACACAAAUGAUUAUUUCUGGCUUACAGAUUAUUCACACGAAAGUCGAAGCAGCCUUUAUCCAGAAUCUUAUUUUUUAUCUGGAGAGAGCUUAUCGUAUUCCUGACUAUGGUAUGUGGGAGCGUGGCUCCAAACAAAAUCGAGAUAUAACAGAACUGCAUGCAAGUUCAAUCGGUAUGGCAAAAGCUGCUUUGGAGUCUGUUUCCGGCUUCAACAUAUUUGGCUGUGAGGGAGACCACACAACCGUUAUGUUUGCCGAUGUUGAUGCGCAUAGUCGUAAUAGUAGCAUCCUGUGUACUCUUCUGCCCCGUGAAUCGGCGUCUAAAGGCACGGACGUGGCACUAAUUCCGACAAUUUGCUGGCCUGCUUUUGCCAUUCACAAACCCAGCAUCCGCGAGGCUACCAUGACUCGGGUCGAUGUGCUCAAGGGCAACUACGGCUACAAGCGUUUCACUCGUGAUGGUUAUGCUACCGUGCUGGAGACAAAUACGCUCUACUCCCAGGGUGAAUUGAGCAAGUUUCGAGGCAUCGAAAGUGAAUGGCCCAUGUUCUUUGCGUACCAAGUCAUCGCAUGCCACUUUGAGCAGCAGUACGAGAAGGCUCAGGAGUUUGCGGAGAUGCUCGAGUCCCUUCUGGUACAUCCACUCUCUGAGGAGUAUCCCUGGCUGCCAAAGUUCUACUUCGUGCCUGAGUGCUCCAUUGACGCCGAAAAGGAGAAUCCAGGUUCUCAGGAAAGAAGAAGCAAUUUCAAACUGAGAAUGGAACCGCGAUUUCUCUGGGGCCAGUCGGUUUACAUCAUUUCUCAAAUGCUGAUGAAAAAAGUUUUAAACAUCCAUGACCUCGAUCCACUCGGACGCCACUGUCCUGCCCAUGCUCGCCCAAUGUCUCUUCUCUCACGCUAUUCGACCAUUUCAAGUCGACCGGCCACAAUGUGCAUUCAGAUGAUCCUACUUGCUGAGUCCAUGCGUCUCCAGCAGAUAUUGGCCACGUUUGGCAUCCGUACACAGACCCCCGUCGAAAUUGAGCCCCUCAAGCUUUGGCCCCCAGCAACUGUCGUGAAGGCCUCUGUCUUCAUGGGCUACAACAAACGCCUCCGUCUGAACGGCCGCCCGCCUCGACCUCUUGGAUGCCUUGGUGCGAGCAAAUUCUACCGGUGUGUUCACGUGCUUCGAAAACUGGACUGUUUUGUGUCUGUUGGCACGCCAUUACUCCCUGUGCUUCUUUUUAGCGUUUCUGGCUCCACCAUACUGGUCUUUCCGCACCUCUUCGAGGACCAAAGCUUCUACUUUUGCUAUGACAUCAGUGCACUUAUUGAGGAAGUUAAGAAUGACCUCAUUUUCCUCUCAAAAUGGUGGCGAAUGAAAGGGCGACCGAAUUACUGCUUUUUGGUUAAGGAAGACAUGAUCAUUGGCCACGGGCGUGAGGAGCUGAUCCGAUUUCUUGUCAGUUUGCAAAACAACUAUGUCGAUGGAGUGCGCAUUGUCUUGGGACGCGCUCAGAACUUUGUUGCCACUGGAUGCAUCGAUCACCUCGACUUUUUCCCAGAUUGGGCUGCUCAGUUAGAAGAAUUUGAGGGUCUGAAACAAUUUUACGGUGGUCGGUCCUUCCGUUCGUUGACGGAUCUGCCCAAACUUCCUAACGAGGAAGAUUUGAAUCAACGCAUGCCGGCCGUCCUGGUCAUGGCCAUCACUGACGCUGCAAACAGACAACAUUUUUCGGGCAAGCCAGACAACGAAAUAAUCACCUUCCUGUGCCACGAGGAGGACAGGCGCGAGUUCUGGCCGUACCACCCGCCCGAGGCCGCGGCCAAGUGCCCCGAACUGCAGUCGGCCUUCGCGGUGCGGGCCAUCGGCUACGCCCAGGAGGUCGCCGCCCUGCACGAACUGAUGCACCGCCACGGCCUGGACUACGUCGUCCGGGCCAACGAGGACCCCUGCACUGUGCGCGACUUCUUCGCCCACCUCACGCGCAGGGCCGGGCUCAAUCAGACCUGGACUGUUGUUCGACUGGCGUCCGCACUGUUGGGCAACUACGUGCACAGCCUGGCUCCCUCGACGUCUUCAAUCCUGGUGUGCGGCAAACAGCUGACCAUUGGAACUGUCCAAGGCCCCGAAGUGGGCGUCAACAAACCCAUGAAUCCUCAAGACCUGUGCGAUCUUAUCCGCGACACCGUCUUCUCCGUCGAUCCCAUUCAGGUUUCUCUCCAACAGGAGCUCAUCUUUAACGUCGCUGCCCUCCUCAAUAAGGACAAGUCGCUGUUCAACAACAUUGCUAUUAUUAGACUUGGGUGGUUCUUGGAGGCGAUGAAGCUGCAACUUGAGGCUGAGGAGGCAAGAGAGGCAGACGGCCAAUGUGAAGGAGUCGACGCGAUGUCUUCGGGUCCAGAAGUUGUGUCCCAGUGUGGCCGCAGCCUCGGUGCUUGCCGUCUGCAGUCCCUCUCCCCGUCUAGUCUAAAGAGCCUUCUCUAUCGCACUCUCUGUGCCGGCAACUUAGAGCACAUGACUCCCGACGGAUCUAAGAGGCACAACCGCCGAUUAAGAGAAGACGAUGUCAAGCUAAAGUCACACGUUCAGCGACUAAGACCUCAUACCGUGUUUGCUCAUUUAGAAUCAAUGGAAUCCAGAGAUAAUAACAACUCGUCCGGCGAUGUGCUUUAUCAGCGGCAGCUGGACGGCUGCCUCGGCCGUGUGCCCAACACCUUUUAUGAAUCGAUCUACCACAUUCUCGAGAGGGCUCCGUGUGGCGUUAUGAUCAUGUCAAAUUUGUUGCCUCAGAAUCCAACCCUCACUGACAUGACUCCGCAUGACCUGAAUCUGGUGGUUGAAGUAGAGCGUCUUCUUCGCAGCAUCACGGAUCCGACCUAUCGUGCUCUCUUCGUCGAGACGGUGAUGGUGAUCGCGGUGAUUCUCGAACGAAACCAAGAGCUCUCUUUCACCGAAGUUGUCGACUUCCGACUGGUUAUUCAGAAUGCUAUCAAGGAUUUUGCCAUGCAUCAUCACAUUUCGUCUGCCGGAGACUCGAGGCCGCGUGACCUUAAAUCGCGCCGUCUCUCCUGGCCGGAGAACGUGGCUGUCGCGGACGACUGGGAUGUCUACCAGCAGUUUGCAUCCACGCCCGCCAACAUUCGGCUGGGCACAACGAGUUUUCUUGCCAAGGCGUCUAUUUCGUUGCUCUUGCAUGGGACAAUCAACCUCGCUGAUGUCAACAAGGAAGCUUGCUGCAUCUCCUGA